UACUUAUUUUUGCUGCAGUAAUUCAUCAUCAUGAAUAAAUUCACCGAACUGUUUAUGUACGACACUGAUGAGGACAACAUCAUGUCAAAUAAAUUACCCACAACAUCGAAAUUCAAUGAUGACCAAGAGAAUAUGCCAUUAAAUGAUUCUCAUAGAAGCUUGGAACCCAAUAGUAACUCGACGAGACUUGAACACACUGAUUUGCUGCCAGAAAUUUUAAAAAAUACCAUCGAAAUUAAAAACACAUUAAAAGAAAGCAGCGCUUCCACUACCGAGUACACCAUCAACAUCCGCAGCAAUAUUAAAACGACUAACUCCAACACACACAUCUACUCCUACACCACAAUCAUCAACAUAUUCUACACCUCAACCAUCAACCUCAACUUCUAA